AUGAAAGAUAUUUUAUAUAUUGAACCUCAAGAACUUUCUUUAAAACUCAAAAAUACAGGAAAUAAAGGAAAAGAUUUAGUUAUUGUAGAUGUAAGAGAUGAGGAUUUUAUUGGUGGACAUAUUAAAGGUGCAUUACAUAUUCCCUCGCAUGAGCUAUCAUCAUGUAUUUUAAAUCUUAUUGAAGAAACAAAAGAUGCAAAAGAGGUUAUAUUUUAUUGCGCUUAUUCUCAACAGAGAGGGCCAGCAGGAGCAAGAUUAUUCUUAAUGGAACAACAAAAAAUACGUAAUAUAAAAAGCAUACAAGAAGAAGAAAUUUUUCCUAAAGUAUAUGUCCUUCGAGGCGGUUUCGUUGAAUGGCAAAAGAAAUAUGGUAAUGAUGAAAAAUUAACAGAUAAAUAUAAUAAAAAGUUAUGGGGAGAUAACUAG